UCGAAGGAUAGAAACUCGCCGUCAGGCAUGGUGUGUGAGAAGGGGAUCCAGAUCCUUCUCACCACCGUGGGGGCAUUCGCUGCCUUCGGCCUGAUGACGGUGGCAAUAGGGACGGACUACUGGCUGUACUCCCGUGCCCUCAUCUGCAACAGCACAGCCAACGUCACCCAGGAUGACCCUCAUAACAAGGACAAGAAGGACCCUGGGGCGCUCACCCACUCUGGACUCUGGAGGAUAUGCUGCCUGGAAGGAGUGAAGAGAGGAGUGUGUUCUCAGAUCAACCACUUCCCAGAGGAUGCAGACUUUGACCAUGAUGGGGCAGAGUACGUCCUACGGGUAGUCAGGGCUUCCAACAUCUUCCCCAUCCUCAGUGCCAUCCUGCUGCUAAUGGGAGGUGUGUGCAUCGCUGCUAGUCGUUUCUAUAAGAGCAAAAGGAACAUCAUCCUGGGGGCGGGAAUUCUCUUCGUGGCUGCAGGUCUGAGCAACAUAAUUGGUGUGAUCGUGUACAUCUCAGCUGCACUCGGGGACAUCUCUCCCAAAAAGGAUGAGGAUAAGAAGUGGCAGUACUCCUACGGUUGGUCCUUUUACUUCGGAGGCCUGUCCUUCAUCAUGGCUGAGAUGGUUGGGGUACUGGCUGUCAACAUCUACAUCGAGAAGAAUAAGGAGCUGCGCUGCCGCUCGCGCACCGACAUCUUCAAGAGCACCACGCACGCCAUGCUCCGCCUGCCCAGCUACCGCUUCCGUCGCCGGUCCCGCUCCUCGUCCCGCUCCACUGACCCCUCCCGCUCCCGAGACCCUUCACCUGUAGGGGGAGGUGGGGGAAAGAACUUUGGCCUGCCCCCAUCUGCGCUGCUUUCCCAGGGCCCCAUCUCAGUGUCCACGUUGCCUAACCCCCAUUCUCGCUCCCACACAGCCCUGGCUGGAGGUGACAUCUCUCUCUACACGCUGUCCCGCGACCCUAAACUCGGGGGUUUGCCACCCAUGUAUGGAACGGUGGACAGGGCCACACUCUACCAGCUCCACAACUGCUUCCCAAAGGAUGGAGGUGGAGGGGGAGUGAUGAUGAGUGGUACACUUCCCUCGCUUAAGUCCCACAACCCUUCCAAUUCUUCCAACUCCAAUGCGCCAAUGCCCAACUCAGUGGGCUCUGGUCCCCCACCCUUCACUUCAUCCACAGUAGACAGGGAGCGAGGGAUGGGGACUCUGGACAGGCUGAAGGGAGACAGGGAGAGCAACUCUAACACCCUCAAUAGGAAGACAACGCCUGUGUAG